AUGCCCAAAUUGAACAUUGUCAACCAUUUCUAUUCUGGUACAGAAAUUUUGAAUUCGAGUGUGAUUGAGAAUCCUGAUGACUCUUUGGUUCGAUCGGAUGUGAAUGACAUGGCACUCUUUCAAGCAGCAGUGAUGCACUCUCAAGAAUUGAACCCGAAAAUUCAACAGGUCAUUCAACAGAGAAAUCCAUUAUUUUUGAAUGUUUACAACCAAUGGGUGGAACAUCUCGCUCAAUAUGGCAUGGAACGACCAAUGAUGACUGACCACAUGGAUACCAAGCAAUAUUUGAAAGAAAAGAUCAUUGCAGAUAUUUUGAAAAUUGAGCCAUUGGAUCAUGAAAUGGUAUUAGACAUUAUUUAUGAAAUGUAA